AUGGAUGCUUCCGAAGCGUUCACCCUGCUCGAAGAUACUCGUGUUGAGAAUCUGAACCUUUCAACUCAGAAUGAUAGUUACGUCACCGAAAACGAAAUUCUGAAUGAGAAGGUUGAAACUCUCUUUUCCCAAGUGGAUCGCUUGUCUACUGAUUAUGCUCGUAUCGAAGAAUUGAACCAUCAUCUUCAUAUCGAGAAUGAGAAUCUCAGGAUUGAGCUUCAACGAGUUAAUAAUUCUCUUACCACUUCAAGAAAUCUUCAUUCUUCAUCGUUAAGUUUGAAUAAACAUUUAGAGGAAGAUAAAGAGCGAGUGAUCAAGAAAAAAGACAAGUCUGAGAGUGAUCUUCGCAAGGCUCGCAACGAAGUAACUGGCUUAAAAGAAAAAAUCCAAUGCCUAAAGAACAAGGUGGAAUUUCUUCUUGCUCACUCUGAUGGCCCUCAUCAUCAGAGGCCCACCAAACCAUCUACUCAGGCUAAACGAACUGAUCUUCGCAAGAGUAAAGGAUCUGUGGUUAUUCGUAUUGACGAGGAUUUUUCGGAAAUUGGUUUAGGCAAAGGUUCUGAUAUCUCGUGUCCCGAACCUUAUUUCCAACUCGAAGUCGCAAAUAUUGAAGUCUCUAGGCUCGACCAUUUAUAUUCUGAUAUUCAACAAACUCUGAAUUCUACUAUCCUUCAAAUGGAAGAGUCUGAGGAGCACUUUAAGAACCAGAUUCUUCACGUAUCUCGCGAAAGGGAUGACCUCCGUAAUGAGGUUUCUCUCCUUAAAACGGAUGCUGAAGGUCUGAACACCGAUCUGGACGAGAUGGAGAAGGAUGCCGCCAAAGUUGCGAAGAUGUCUCGCAAGAAUACUCAAAGCCACCUGGUCAAGCUCUUCAAUGAGUUUUGUGAUGGUCACGGGAUCCCUCGUGCAAUCCUUGAUCUCGAAGUCUUUUCGGAUGAUGAGAAACGAGGUGAUGAGCAACGAGGUGAUGAGGGGUCCGUCUCAAACAAUGAGGUCAAUGAUUUUGACGAGGACGUGGAGGACGAAAAGACAGAAGGAGAGGUUUCCAAAGGUGCUUCUGUUUCCCCGAAUUCCUCUCGUCAACCUUCAGUUCUCGUUUCUCAGUCUCAGGGUGCGGGUGCUGGCGAGGCUGGUGUUGUCGCUCGUGGGGCAGAGACUAGCGAGGCUGGUGAGGAUCUCCCCAAGAUUGAGGUUACCGAUGGUGUUCCUCUUCAGCAGCAAUCUUUAUUUUCCCUCCCUCAUCUUAUUUUAGCUUGUUAUCAUGUAACUGUUUAACUACUCUUU